ACAGCCCCUAUCUCUUUGCUUACAGAAACCAUGAAGGGCAGAAGAACAAGGUCUUCAAUGUUGGGUAGUAGCUAAGUGGACCGUCGUAGUCGCCGAUUUUCAAAAGUUAGAACGGGGUAGGUGAGCCACUGACGUCUGCACUAUGAGCCUGUAUCCACUUGAUCGAUUGUUAACCAACUUAAAUGCAUGGGGUUGGAAACUGUAAAUUACUUCCCACAAUGCAGGAAAACAACGCCAUCUUUCCAUUUACCUGCCAGUGCUAAGGCCGGCUGGAUUUUUCCAUCAGUUGUUUGAAUUCGGCUGACGGUGACUUCGUGGGGGCCACCUCUCUCUUCCACCCUCUGGGACUCGUGUGCACUUGGGAGAAUCUGGAGGGAGCUCUACCCUCCGGGAAGCCAGAGUUUUAAAAUCCGCAAGCCAGUCCCUUUUGCCUUGUUGAGGGAGAGACUCUGCACAAAUCCCCGGGAAAGCUCGGCGGUCGCCAGACCCCCGCGGGUAGUGCAGUUUCCCUAACCUUGACCCCCAAGUCAGCCGUUUCUAACCCCUUUCCAAAGCGUCGCUCGAGCCCGGGAGUGGUUUGAAAGAAAAAAAACGAAACCGCCCGUUUGAAGCUUCGGCUAAAGGGCACUCGCUCCCUGGGGGCUCAGGGGCAACUUCUCCAUCACCUCGUCCAGGGAUUUUAAACAAUCGCGGACCACCAGCCCCCUUUACGCUCUCGGUGCCCGACUCGCUCCCUGCCACUUCCCUCCACGAACGCCGGCAGGAGUGGGUGGCAGCACCGAGGCGAUUUGAUUCGCAUUUUCUUUUUUUCCUCCGGGUUUUGUCAUGGAAACGCUGACACAACCUCCAGACGGCGGCCGAGCCCGGCCGGGGACUGAGGGCUUUUGGGACCCUGCGGGAGCGCGGCGCGCUCUCCGCACUCCCCGGGAAACAGCUGGACGCGACCAAUUCCCGGGUAGGGGCGGGGGGAGCGCGACGCUCCGCCCCGGCGCUCCGGCCCCUCCCUCCUCCCGGCUCUCCGCGGGCGCCCUCCCCUCGCCGGGGGCUGCGAGUUGCAUUUGGUAAAACCCAGCCCGGAAUAUAUAGAUCAUUGGAGCGCAAUGAAGUAGCCUUUGGAGCGGAGGGAGGGGGCCCGUCCGACAGCCACAGCGGCCAGCGCAGCAGCGGCGGCGGCGGCGGCACCACCAGCGCUCGCACCCCAGCCGCCCGGCCCGCGAGGAGGCAGCGGCGGCCGCCGGCGGGAGCGGAGGCGGCGGCGGGGAGGCGAAGAGGAGCAGCGGGAGGAGCAGGAGCGCGCAGCCGGCGGGUCCACGCAUCUCGGCACUUCCAGAGCAACUCCGGCGCCUUCCGUACCCCUGCCCGGGGCUGGGGGCUCCGAGAGCGGCCGCGAAGCCCUCCCGAUCGUCCCCCUCCCGAGCCCUGCCCAGCCCUUGCCCUGCGCCUCCCGGGCUCCGCUCCGCGCGGCAGGGUCCCGGCUCCUGCGCCCCGGGCGCGCCUCCCGGACACCCCGGUCCCCGCAGCCAGGACAAAGCCAUGAAGCCGGCGCUGCUGGAAGUGAUGAGGAUGAACAGAAUUUGCCGGAUGGUGCUGGCCACUUGCUUGGGAUCCUUUAUCCUGGUCAUCUUCUAUUUCCAAAGUAUGUUGCACCCAGUCAUGCGGAGGAACCCCUUUGGUGUGGACAUCUGCUGCCGUAAGGGGUCUCGAAGCCCCCUGCAGGAGCUCUACAACCCAACCCAGCCCGUUCCGAGAAAAGCGCUUCAGAGCCUCCGCACCGAGGCGGCUCCCUGUCGUUUGUUACAAAGGCCCUGUGUCCGUGCUCAACACUCAGCCUCAUGGAGAUCACAUGCCCUCGUGCUCCAUUGGCAGCUGGAGCUCUCGAACACCGCCGUCCUGCACCAGAUGAGGCGGGACCAGGUCACAGACACCUGCCGGGCCAACAGCGCCGUGAGCCGCAAGCGGCGGGUGCUGACCCCCAACGACCUGAAGCACCUGGUGGUGGACGAGGACCACGAGCUCAUCUACUGCUACGUGCCCAAGGUGGCGUGCACCAACUGGAAGCGGCUCAUGAUGGUGCUGAGCGGCCGGGGCAAGUACAGCGACCCCAUGGAGAUCCCGGCCAACGAGGCUCACGUGGCGGCCAACCUCAAGACCCUGAACCAGUACAGCAUCCCCGAGAUCAACCACCGCUUGAAAAGCUACAUGAAGUUCCUGUUCGUGCGGGAGCCCUUCGAGCGGCUGGUGUCGGCCUACCGGAACAAGUUCACGCAGAAGUACAACACGUCCUUCCACAAGCGCUACGGCACCAAGAUCAUCCGGCGCCAGCGGAAGAACGCCACCCAGGAGGCGCUGCGCAGGGGCGACGACGUCCGGUUCGAGGAGUUCGUGGCCUAUCUCAUCGACCCGCACACGCAGCGCGAGGAGCCCUUCAACGAGCACUGGCAGACCGUGCACUCGCUGUGCCACCCGUGCCACAUCCGCUACGACCUCGUGGGCAAGUACGAGACGCUGGAGGAGGAUUCCAACUACGUGCUGCGGCUGGCGGGGGUGGGCAGCUACCUCAAGUUCCCCACCUACGCCAAGUCUACGAGAACUACUGACGAAAUGACCACGGAGUUCUUCCAGAACAUCAGCUCCGAGCACCAAACGCAGCUGUACGAAGUCUACAAACUCGAUUUUUUAAUGUUCAAUUACUCAGUGCCAAGCUACCUGAAAUUGGAAUAAAGGGGGUGGGAGAGGGAGAGAGUCGUGCUUUUUAAUUUAAGAUUUUUAUUUGUCAAAAGAAUUAUAUGGAUACUGGGUUAUUUUGUAAAUUAAUAUUUCUUUGGGAAUGAUGCUGCGAGCAGCAUGGUGAGAAUUAUUUAAAAUCCUUAGUAGGGAAGGACGGCUGUCUUUGCAGGGGGAUGGGAUGGGUGUCCUUGGUUUUAGACGGGAAUACUGCAACGCUGUCUCAAAGGUUUCCUUGUGCUCUGGUGAAUUCCAUGAAUUGUGCAUCCCGUAAAUUCUAAUUAAUAUUAUUUAUCGUUAUUUAAA